UUCUGUUUCUUUGUUUUUCCCUAACCUAUAAAAUAUCACAUACACCAACCAUUCAAUUGUCUCUAGUGUAAUGAACUAGCUUAAAAUUGUAUUGCUAAAAAUUAAAUUACAUGAAUAAUAUGUACCACAGUUAUCUUCAGCAUUUUCUGGAAUCUAUCAAAGUUAUUUUGUAGAUAGAACGUAAUGUCUUCAGCCUUAAGAUGUAUGUUGUGUUUCAGAAAUAGCAGACCAGCUUUACAGACGACAGCUAAUCUUAAACUUUCCAACUCUGGAAAUAUUCUGCUCAAUCUAAGACUGCAAAAGUCUUAUUCUCACUUGACCAGGACAUGCAAUGGAGAAGAGAAAUUUGGACGUAAAUCAAUCAUCUGGUGCAGGAACAGUGUACUCAUACGAAAUUUCAGUUCGGAAGAACCAUCAGGCUUACCACCACUACCACCAAAGCCCGAAGCUGUAGUUGAUUUAGUGGGAGAACCAAGUUUUGCAAGUGUAGGCUUGGGAGGCUACUCACCACCCGGUCUUAUUCAACAAGGUCUAGAACAGCUUCACAUCACCUGUGAUCUGCCAUGGUGGCAAUGCAUUGUUAUUGGUACGUGCCUUAUCAGGCUAGUGGUGUUUCCUGUUGCAAUCUACGCUCAGAAGAACAUGGCCGCCUUGAACAAUGUGAUGCCGCAGAUGGUAUCAAUUCAGAACAAAAUGGCUGACGCAAGAAAACGUGGAAAUGAAGUGGAAGCGAUGCACUACGCGAGAGAACUGGGAACACUAUGUCGUGAGAAGAAAGUAAACCCUUUGAAGAACUUUGUAAUGCCGGCCAUCCAGAUGCCAGUGUUCAUCUCGUUCUUCCUGGCGCUGCGUGGCAUGGCCAACCUGCCAAUAGACAGCCUACACACUGGAGGUGCGCUGUGGUUUGUCGACCUCACCGUGCCCGACCCUCUCUACCUGCUGCCGCUCGCUACUAGUCUCACCUUGCUUGCCACCGUCGAGGUGGGAUUGGACAAUGGAAUGAAUGCUAACCAAAUGCCGGUAUAUUUCAAAUACAUUUUCAGAGCGUUGCCUGUCAUUAUGUUUCCAGUCACCAUCAACUUUGAAGGCAUAAUUCUUGUGUACUGGCUAUCGACAAACUUCAUCACACUAGUGCAAACAAGUGUUCUCAAAGUGACGGCAGUUCGAGACUUUUUCGGAAUUCCGCGAGUUGUGCCGUUCAAAAACGACUUUCAAUUCGCUGUUCCUGGCGUCAAGGCGCCUGAGAAGCAGAGCUUUACUCAGGGCUUGAAGGAAUCUUAUUCAAAUAUCGACAAAUCGUUUGAAAUAGAGGAGAGAAAGCGAAUUGAUGAUCUAAUCAAACAACAGAGUCUGCGUGCUAAAACUAUGGAAAGUAAAUCGGCUUCUACCAAGUAGGAAUUUUAUUUGUAAGAUACUGUAUUUGUAAAUAAUUUCGAUGAAAUAGUAAAAUGAGAUUUUGUUGUUAA